AUGAGAGCUUUGAGCUCACAUUUUGUGCUUGUGGAUCUUCAGAACUCAUGGCACUCAGCAAACCAAAUCCCCACCUCGACCCUCUGUUACCUUCAGAACUCCAACUUCAUCUCCUCAGUCUCUUCGUCAUUUCGUCGAAAAAGUCGUGCGCAUAAGCCAAUCUGUUCGUCCAAAUCUUCCUCCCCAUCGAUUCCGUCGCCGGAAAUUCGGAGGCCAUCGGAUCGGUUCUUUUCCGGGAAUGGGUCGUUGUCGAAUUCUCCGAAUUCGAAUUCGGCUUCCACGUCGCAGCCGCAGGCCGCUUCGGAGCUGGAAAUGUUGCUUGAAUUGUUGCCUAUGAGGAUGAAGAGUGAGCUGUACGGGCACGAGGAGAUUGGCGAGCUCAUUGAGGUUGUGAUGGAUUUGGGAAGGAGCCCGAUUGCGAGGUUUCCUUCGGGUGAUUGGGUAAUCUCAGAGAAGCCUGUGAACCAUGAAGAUCUACGGCACGCUGUAUCGAAGGUUAGUGAGUUUUCAGAUGACAACCGUUCUGGUAUUAAUAACUCAUUACAUCGGAUAAGUGCUAUUCGAAACCGUAAGUUCCAAAUCAUUGGCCUCACUUGCCGCGUGGGACGAGCUGUGUCAGGAAGUGCUGAGGUCAUCCGCGAUUUGGUUGAGGGCAGAGGCUCCAUCUUGGUGAUAGGACCUCCUGGAGUUGGCAAGACAACCUUGAUCAGAGAAAUUGCUAGAAUGUUGGCAGAUGAUCAGAUGAAGCGUGUUGUGAUUGUGGAUACAUCUAAUGAGAUUGGUGGAGACGGAGAUGUUCCUCAUGCAGGAAUAGGUCGUGCAAGGAGGAUGCAAGUUCCUAAUGUUAAUAUGCAGCAUAAUGUUAUGAUUGAAGCAGUGGAAAAUCAUAUGCCUGAAACCAUAAUUAUAGAUGAAAUUGGAACAGAGCUUGAAGCAUUGGCUGCCAGUACUAUUGCUCAGAGAGGAGUCCAACUAGUUGGAACAGCACAUGGAAUGACGAUAGACAACAUAAUGAAGAAUCCUUCUCUACAAAUCCUUGUUGGUGGCAUAGAGAGUGUUACUCUUGGUGAUGAAGAAGCAAGAAAAAGGAAGGUUCAGAAGACAAUUCUUGAAAGAAAGGGGCCUCCUACAUUUACAUGUGCUGUUGAGAUUAUAUCUAAAACAGAGUAUCGCGUGCAUCACAGAUUAGAUGCAACUGUGGAUGCUAUACUGGCUGGAAAAACUCCUUUAUUUGAAGUCCGUCGUAUUGAUGCGGAGGCUAAUGACUCUCGCAAGUCUAUUCCACUACCUGAAAAGAACUGUCUAAAAAUAUCUAAUUUUACUGUUAAGGAAGACAUUGAUGCUUCUGCUGACAUAGAGUUUGAUGGGGAAGAUCUAGAUCAUUCUCCUAAUUGGUCCAAAAACCAGUCCAAAAAACCCGGCAGCAAUAUAUCUUUGAAGAAACAAAGGUUACCAGUUUGUAUCUAUACAUACAAGAUCCUUGAGGCCGACCUGCUACAAGUAGCAAAGGUGAUGGGGCUUGAAGAUGAAAUAGAGGUAACUGAUGAUAUUGGAACAGCAGACGCAAUAAUAGCAUCCAGUUCUGAAAUGAAGCAGAAUCCAUGGAUCCGAGGUGUAGCAAAAUUCCACCAGUUGCCUGUAUUUGUCAUGAAGUCAAAUACCAUGGCACAAAUGGUCAAGGCAGUUCGUAUGAUUCUUGAAAUGGAAUCAGUUGGGUCUUCGCCAAAGCAGCUAGUCAAGAAUCCUUUCGACAUUGAAAUUGAAGAUGAUGCCCCAAAACGAAAACCAUCUUUGGAAGAGAUUGAUGCAUUGGAGGAGGUUCGACUUGCAAUAGAGUAUAUCGUGAUUCCUGGUGGAGAGCCGGUAGAGCUUCUCCCAAGAUGCUCUGAAAUAAUUGCCCGGCAGCUAGAGCUAGUGGCAAGUUAUCAGUUGGCUGCUGAAAAUUCAGGUACUGAGAUGAAUCCCAGGUUGCAGAUUCUUCCCAUGAGAUUAAACAAGAAGAAAUCUUCUUCUAAAGCUGCAAAAUCCAGUUCAAGUUUUCUGAAGUUGAUUAACUCAAAAUCACUAACUGGCGGUGGAGGAGGUACCAGCGUUACCAGGCUGCCGCUUUUAUCUGACCAAUAGUAGGAUGGAUGGAUGGAUGGAUGAAGCCUCCCUCAAGCUCAACUGUAGCAUAUAUUUCAAUCGCUGGUUGAUACAUGGCAUGGGCCAUUUCAUGUAUAGUCGUCGUGUACAUUAAGUACGUCAAUUCAUGUAAUUAUUUCAAUUAAUAUGUAACAAACUCUUUGCAAUUAUUUAUUCUUCAACCAAAUAGCGCAUCAAAUCAAUAACAGAUUUUUCUUUUCUCCAAA